AUGGUGCCCUCCGAUGCAGUCAUCGGGAACCUUUACGGCGGGGAGAUUUAUGCGUACAAGGUGCCGGGUUACUCAAGUGAUUCGCUGUCGCGAGACGGGUUUGAUAUCGGGAGUGGCGCGAGCACCAAGACGGAGGGGGGAUCGGUUAUUAUGAGGUUCACGCGCACGGAUAACACGGGAUGGUCGAAUAAAUUCAAGCUAUCAAAGAAGAACAGCCUCAUCUGGGCUUACUCGUCCUCGGGGUCCAAAACACUAGGGUCUCACGGACGCAACUAUGGCCGCCUCUCUGUUGAUUUCUCCUGCCGCACAGCACCUGCUAAGUCCCGCCCCGGCUUCUCGUGGUGGCCCAGGCGGGGUGGGGGGGGAGGAGGAAGGGAUGGGGAUGAUGAUGAUGAUGAUGAUGAUUAG